AUGGCCAAGGGUGUCCGCGGGUGGCUGCGUCGGUCAGGCAAGGGUCGUGUGACUCUGGCCUUUGUGGCCUGUACCUUCCGCCUCACCCGACAUGACGGACCAUCGGUGAGCCAAGGGACAGGCGCUGUCUCACUCUGGCCCAUCUCAUGGAGGACGUUGGAGAACGGGAAUCGGGCGGUGACCAUCGGCUCGGCAAGAAAGGUCAACUGGCCAUCAUGUGUCGAGUUUGAGGACAAGGACAUGGCCAACGUGGCUGGUAUCGAGUUUGAAGUCGAGCCGCAUGGCGCCUUUGUGGCCCUCCUCAACGUCAAUGAUGUUGUUCGUUCUCGUCAUGGUGAUGCUUUGGGAGUGAUGGAGUCGUUUGAAGGUCAUGGCCUCGAGGGCUCCGUCUACCGCACCGCUGCAAGACCCAUCGAGAUGGCCGCUCACGCUGCUGCUGACCGCAUCUGCAAGUACUUUCUCGAGCUCUCGUGGGCGUCCAAGGACUCGGACCUGGUCUCAGUCUCCGAGCUCCCGCUCGACCCGCUGCUCUCGAUUGCCCACGCUUCGCAGAAUGAGGCCCGCGCCCGCCAGAUUCCGCCGGCGCCGCCGGCCGACGCAGCUCUCGCCCGCUGCCAUGUUUUUGCCUACGAAGCGCCGGCGCUACCGGGCAACGUGGCGGCAAACGCAUCGUCACUAGUCCGUGACGAGCUCAACGAGCUACACGCCACCAUUGUGUCCCUCGGCGUCAACACCGCCGGCUUGCCGGCUGACGCGCGCCCGGCCACUUCGUCGCUCGACAUUGUCUCCAUCCAGCGCCAGGAUGAGGCAUCGGCCUUUCAGUUCUCGACCAUGCCACACAGCCAUCCGUUUCUGGUCACGUCGGACAAGGUGGUGACGGUGACGUACACGCUCGACGCGUCGCUGAUGCAGGCGCCGAGCGCGGCGCAGGCGUCCAACGCGCGGCUCUCGAACCGGACUCUCAACAAGGCUAGGCUUGCGCGUCGGUUCUCCUCGCCAUCGCUGACCUUGCUGGAAGAGUCUGCCCGGCGCGACGGGCCCGAGUCGUCGCUGGCGUCGCAGGCGCGUCCAUGCGCCCGGGCGCGGAUGUCGGCAGCUCCAGACUCGCCGCUGGGUGGCAUCUCGCCGUCCAAGACCACGCCGCUCGUCCACCGCCUCGGCGCAGCGAGCAACGUCUCGCCGAACCACGCGGCGUCUGGCCUCGAUCCGGUGCCGCACCUGCGACUCCCGCCGGCAAGGUCGGCGUCGUCCGACCGGCGGCGGCGGAUGGCGGCAACCGAUGACUCGGCCUCGAUCUCAGGCGGCGAGUCUGGCUCGGCGUCGUUUGGCGACUCGGGCUCGGCCUCUUCGUCGUCGCAAUGUCCAGACGAGGCCGGCGUCUUCACUUCGGUCUUUGCCGAAUUCGUGCAGGCACACGUCCUUCCACCGGAUCUUCCGGCGUCGCUCACUCCGCGCGACCUCGCGCCCAUCGGCGAGUACCGCGCCAACUUUACCUCUCGCAUGCAAACGCUGUUCCAGUACUACACCGGCGAGUCUGCGACGCUCACCAGCGACUCGGCGCGGCACCUCGCCAACUUGUUUGACGCCGAGGCCGAGCGAACGCCGCAGCGACGGCUCGACUUUGGCUCGAUGAUGUUUGGUCUCGGCUCGGUCGAUGACGGCUCGGACGCCGACUCGUCGCUGGGCACGGUAACGGCCUCGCCGCCGUCGGGUGACCACCUUGCCUCGCCGCGGCGGAUGCCGCUGGCACAGCCGGGUGGCAUCGAGGGCACAUCGCCUAACUCGAUAGCCGGCUCACCGUCGUCGGCAUCAUCGCCACCGCUCUUCCGGCGGGCAGAAUCGCUCGCCUUUGACGCCCUCCUCUCCCCACGGGUUACGCCGUCGGCGCCGCUGCCGAGCAUGUCGCAGCCGCGGAGCAAGCGGCGGAGAGCGCGGCGCGGAUCCGACAAUGCUAGCUCACGGCAGCAGACGUCGCGGACGUCGCGGACGUCGCGGACGUCGCGCUCGCUCUGGUCGUCGUCGCGACGGUCAUCGGCGAGCAAGGCCACACUUGGGCUCGCCGGCCUCACCGCGCUCUUUACGCGGCUCUCGACGUCGAACCCGCACGGCUUUGCCCGGAUGGUGCUCGAGGAGGCGGACCCAACGCAGUCGGGCGUCGUGACUUGGCCGCUAAUGCUCGAGUGGAUUUCGCGGCUCCCGCUGGCAUCGAUUGCUUCCGAGCGCGCCCGCGAGCUCCACACGGUUGUCGCUGAAGACAAGCACACCAAGCGCGGAACGCUCUUCAAAAAAGUCGGCUUCCUUAAGCGAUGGAAGGCGCGAUACUACAAGCUCAACCUCGUUGACGCGGUGCUCUCGCAGUACCUUACACCCGAGUUUGAACACGCAUCGGCCGAGACCAAUGUCAAGACCUACUCGCUGGUCGGCUACUCGAUGGCGGUCCUCACGCCCAUGUCCGGUAUGGAGGCAGCGUUCACGCUCGUCCCGCGCGAGGCCGGUGUCAAGCCGUUUGUUUUUGGCACGCAGUCGGAGGAGGAGGCACGCGCGUGGAUGGCGACGCUCAACACGCUCUUCUCCACCCACUCGCUCUUCAACGCGCACACUUUUCACUCGGCAGUGGAGGCUGUCUCGCUGCGGCUCGCUGCUCUGCCCGCUGAGGGCAGUAGCGGCGGCGGCGCCGAAGACACCCGUGCCGCUUCGCCGUCGGCGCUGUCGUCCGGCAAGCCGUCGCCGACCGUGCCACACUUUCCUGCGCUCGAUCCGGACGUACCGGUCCACGUCUCGCACGACGACGGGCUCCUCCUCCUCGCGCCCGGCUCGGACGAAUCGUCGCUCUCGGCCUCGCUCUCGUCGUCGGCGAGGUCGUCGAAGCGCAACUCGAUGUCAUUCGCUGCCUCCUUUGGCUCGACCCAGCACUCGCCGCACCGAGACAACGCGAUCGAGCGGUCGACGAUUGCCGAUGUGCUGGUGACGGCGCAGGCGUCAGUCGUCGCCUCGCCACCGGCGGCGGCCGACCCGCGCCGAAUCCGAUCUGCGGCGUCGUCACCGACUAUGGGCAGCCCGGGAGGGAUGGCACCCAUUGCCGAUGCGACCGAGCGCAGCCUGCUUCCGAUUGCCGCCCAGCCAGGCCCAUCACAGCUUACGGCCGACGGCAGCGAUGGCAGCGGGCUGGGUGCGAGCUCGUCGUCGUCGAUCACGUGCACUCUGUAG